UUUGAUUUUAUCCUUUAGGCCAGUGUUUCCAAAAUGCAUGCUAAGGAAGACUCAUCCCAGUUAGAUGUUUAGUGAAGAAAAAGCUUCUCCAGUCAAAUUCUGUAAGAAAAGCUCUUUUCUUCAGUUCCUGCUUGAGUCCCGACACUCAUUAACAUAUUAUAGGCUUGGCUAAGGAUAAGAACCACUAAAAAGAAACCUAUUUACCUUUGUUUCCCAUUAGCUUUCUAUGGAUAGCUUCCCUUAAAACCCAGCAGAACAGAUAUUUCUCAAAGGCAAACUAUGAAACACUGCAGUCGGUGAUAAAAAUUCAUGGGUAGGUUCUAAGCUGACUUGGAGCAAGAGGAGGUGGAAGACUUCCUUGGGGAGCUGAUGACCAACGAGUUUGAUACGGUUGUGGAGGAUGGGAGUCUGCCCCAGGUGAGCCAGCAGCUACAGACCAUGUUCGGCCACUUCCAGAGGGGUGAUGGGGCUGCUUUAAGGGAGAUGGCCUCCCACAUCACUCAAAAAAAGUGCAAGGUCACAGCCACAGCUGUUAUGACAGCCAAAGAAACUGAUGAGGAUGAGGUGGAUGCGGACAGCGUGGAAGAGAUGGAGGUCACGGCUAUGAAUGAUGGAGCUGCUACAGAUGGGGUCCGCCCCCAGCCUGAGCCCUCUGAUCCCAACUCCCAGACUAUUAAGGAAGAGGAUAUAGUGGAAGAUGGCUGGACCAUUGUCCGGAGAAAGAAAUGAGUAGGGCUGAAAGUGGUUUGGGCCCUUGGUUUGCUAGGUGUUUUGAGACUUACUUGUAGGGGGGUUUGUGGAGGGUUGUAGACCGCUGGACUGGCUACCCUUUUCCCACCCUCUCCUUCACUCCCCUGUCCAGUUUCCUCCACGUUAAGGAAAGCCCCUAGAGUCUUUGGUCCUGGGGGUGGUAGGACCCAGUCUACCACAGCCUCUCAGGCUUUAAGUUACCAUGUGAGUCUUGAGGCCCGUUUCCCGGCAGAGUGCCUCUUGGGUGACGGACGGCAUUAUGAAGUGGACAUGAGUGAGUAUUGUGUGGCUGGAGGAGGAGCUUGAGCUUGCCAGCGGGCAGGUGGAUUUGUGAAGGGAGAGGCCCAGAAGGAGAACUGGUAGUUGGCACUAGGGGCCUGGCUGGGUCAGGAGUGGUGCGGUGAACAUGCAAAUGGAAGGAAGUUGAACGUGGGAACUACAAGUAGCUGCGGUGCGCUCCCCUCGCCUUCCCCACCCUGCCCACAGCAGCUCUGAAUCUCUGCCCAGAACCUGGAACCUCCCAGGAAUGCUCCUUUUGUGCAGCUGGCCUCCCACCCUGGGAAUUCCAAGAGCUUGGCUAGGUGGUGAGCUUGGGAGACUGGGGCUUUGUUUUCUGCCUCCUCUAACCUCUUUCCUGACUCUAUCCCAUCCCAUUUAAGUCCAGGGAUGAGGCCUAAGACCUUAAUAAAUGCUAGCUUAUUGUUUAAUCCGUGGCUUGACCUGUGAGUAACCUUGGAAGCAGCCUUCUGGGAGCCGAACCUCAGAGUCCACAAGGGAGUGGUUUCUGGGCCCACCCUAGUAGCCUGGUACUUUCGACAGACAGACAGACAGAUGAGUGCAGCAGAGCAGUGCUCUGGGAGUUACUGUAAGCCUGAAAUAAACUGUAUUUUUCUUUAAAAAACAAAACAAAACAAAGAGUAUCCGUUGUCCUCCCCCCACCCCCCUUCCCCUGUCCUGCCCGGUGGCCCCGCCAUGGGUCUGGACGAUAAAAUACUGGGUAGCCUUGAGGCCAGGAAGCUGAAGCCAUGGGAGAGGUGAGAGGGGGUCUAGUCACCACCUCACGUGGAAACACUGGCUGAGGAGGCAGGGCUGGGUCGGUGGCAGGGCUGGCACUGGAAUCCAGGUCUCCUGCCCCCUGGUGCUUUGGAGGUGGGGGGAUUAGGUGGAGGCAGGAUCUGUAAGGUGUUGGAGAUGGGAGACUCAAUGGCCCGAUUCAGGCGAGGUCUGGCAACAGCUCCCACCCUCCCUGGGGACAGGGAUUAAAAAAAAUGAACAUCACUGUAGGAAUAUCUUUUUAAAAGCCCACAAUUUGUGAAAAGAUGAAUUAAAAAAACCCAAAACCCAGCAUUCGGGAUUGAAAGUGCCCGUGAUGGGAGUUCAAGUAUUGACUGAGCUGGGAGGGAGGGGCUGGAGCUCCCCAAUCGGAUAUGGGCAGCUAGAGUGUGGGGCACCCCCGAACCCUCUAGGUCUUGUCUCGGGGCUGGGGGGCUUCGAGGGGUUCAGCAGUGGCUCCUGACGCCGCCACUGGUGCCUCCUCUGUUUCCCUGUCCUCAGACAGUGUGGGCCCUGGGCAGAACGUGUCCCCACGGCCAGCCCGGCCAAGCACGGCCAUCCAGCGCCGCUGUAGCUCCUCUGUCUCAGGACUGAAGUACCAGCUCAGGUGGCUCUGGGUGAUUUUAAAGACGUGCCUUCGGUCAGGCCUCUCCCCUGCCUCGGGAGGCCCCACCUCAAAGCCAAUGAGGGGCAGGCUGCGCUGGGCUUUCACAUCCUGGAGAAGAGGAAUGGAGCUGGCGUCACCGCGGGGCUGCUCCUUCCCCUUGGCCCCAGCUUCUCUCUGGUUUUGCAUCUGCCUCCCUGUUUUCCUUCCCCUGCUCAAGAACCUUCCACGGCUCCACGGUUACCAACAGGAAGGUGUCUGAACUGGGGUUAGAAGGCAGGCCAGUGCAAAUAAAUCCCUGUCUCCUCCCACACCCAGAAUCAGCUGGGCCUAGUCUCGAGCAUACCAAACAGUGGUUCCAGGCCUUUGUCCCCUCUCUGCAUGCUCUUGCCUCCCCCGAACCAGAACUAACUCUUGUUUCCUCUCAAAAGCCACCCCCUCGCCCGAACUCACCCCCAUUUCUCUCCAUCCUUGGCCCACGAUCACCCCUUGUCUCCAGUCAGUCUUUGCCUCGUAUGGUUGGUGGUUCUGGUUUCCUCAGCUAAAAGCGAGGCUCACCUUAUCACUUGUGGCCAAGGACUGGAAGGGACAGGAUGCAUACCUGAGGGGCUCCAUAGAUGUACAGCACCAAGGGUUCAUUCUCAGGGACCACGAACCAUGCCUUGUGCCAUCCUUUCCCACCCUUCUCCAUGUAGUGCAGGAAGCUGCAGAUGACGCUGUUCUCCGCCGCCACUGAGGCCUGUUUCUGUGGCCGGAGACACAUGUGGAGCAUCAGUGUUGACAGAAGGCCCUGCCUGGCUCCCCUUGGCCUUUAACCCACCCCACCCCACCCCACCCUCCUAAUGUAGAGAUCGCCAUUUCCCUGUCUCAGAUGAAGAUGCUGCAGCUCAGGUGGCAGGAGCGAUUUGCCCAGUGUCACCCAGUCAUGUAGAGUGGAGGAGAUUCCAAGCCAGACUUGUCUGCCUGCUGUGGACAGGGCUGCUGGCUCUAAGAGCCAGUGGAAGGGGUGUUACCGAUCUUAGGUGGGGCCCUUGAAAUGCUAAGUGGGCAUUCUUUCUUCAGUUUAUUCCUCAAGUCAUUCGCACACUUAGGCCUCACUCUUCUCUCAUCUUUUCAUAGUACAUCUGCUCCCUACACUCCAGCUCCAGCACUGUGGCUCAGGGGGUGCCGGUGAGUGGUUAAUGCAGUUGGGCUGGGAAAUCCCAGCUCUAGAUGGGAAUGUAUUGACUUGGAAGGAGAGCACUGAGCGCUGUUAGGAUGAAAUGAGUUAGUAUAUGCAAAGCAUUUAGACUACUCCUGGCACAGAAGUGUUCUUUAACUGUUAAAUACCUCCAUUGGUUAAAAUAACUAACUGAAAAAUAUGUAUGUGUGCACGCCUAGAAAGAUGAGCGUUAACAGUGCUAACUUGGGGUAGAAGGAAUAUGGUGGUUUUUUUUUAUUGUUUAUAUUGUCUUAUGCUACUUGGUGAUAAGAAAAGGCAAUUUGUUCAUUUAAAAAGUCCCAGCUCUGCCAUUCGUUGGACAAAUGAGUGCUAUGAUCCUUGGUUUCCUCAUUUGUAAAACAGGGAUGAUAACAGUAUGGGCACAUACUCUGAGGAUUAAAUGUGUGAAGUUCUUCAAUAAAAAUGGCUUUCGUUCA